AUGACCCUCAAGCCACCAGAGCAGCUGGGGCCACCGGAGCAGUGGUUGUCAGUUGUGCGUGAGUACCAGACUGAAGUGAUCAUCAUCCCUGUCUUCCUAGUGGGUGUCUUUGUCAUCCUGUUAGGUGUGAUCCUUUGGCUCCGCUAUCGAAGCUGGAGGUCGAAGCAACAGCAACUGCCCAGACGCCAAGCUGUUGCCCCAUUGCCAGCAGAGGACAAGAACCAGAAGGAACACAGUGAGUCAGAGAACACCUACAUCCAGCUGAGUGAGACAACUGUGGAGAGUCUACUGAGAUCUGCAGCCUUGACUCUGAAGGAGCUGGAAAUACCACGAGACAGACUCAUACCAGGGUCCUCGAAGCUGAUACACAAUGGCAGUUUUGGGGGAAUCUACAGAGCAGAAUUGGAGACUGGGAACCCUGGGAAAACUAAGACAGUCAUCCUGAAAGCCUUACAGGACACUGCUGGACCCAGUGAGGUGAAGGAUUUCCUGGGAAGGAUUAAGUUCCAUCAGUCCCUUGGUCAUCAUGAUAACAUGGUUGAACUGAUAGGAUGUUGUGUAGUCCAGCUGCCCCUUUAUAUGAUCCUGGAGGAUGUGUCCCAUGGGGACCUCCUGAAUUUCUUGUGGACCUGCCGCAGGGAUGUAAUGACCAUGGAUGGUAUCCCGUAUGACUUCACGGAGAGGCAGGUAUAUAAAGUCGGGCAGCAGGUUGCAGCUGCCUUGGAAUUUCUCCAGCAGAAGAAACUUUUCCAUGGGGAUGUGGCAGCCAGAAAUGUCCUGAUUCAGUCUGACUUCACUGCCAAACUCUGUGGGCUGGGUCUGGCGUGUGAAACCCACACCUAUGGCACCAGCUGUGUCAGACAGAUUGUGCCACUCAAGUGGCAGGCACCAGAGCGGCUAUUAAUGAAACCUCCCAGCAUCAAGGCAGACAUAUGGUCCUUUGGAAUCUUACUGUAUGAGAUGAUCACAUUAGGGGCUCCACCGUUUCCUGAGGUGCCACCUUCUCAUAUCCUACAACACCUUCAGAGAAGGAAGGUCAUGAAGAGGCCCUCCACCUGCCAGCCAGCUAUGUAUGGUAUCAUGAAGUCCUGCUGGCGGUGGAGUGCUACAGACCGGCCGCCACCCAGAGAGCUGAUCAAGCGCCUGCAAACAGCAGCCAAGAGCAGCAAUGACCAAGUGGUGCUCCAGGUGCCUGAGCUGGUGGUGCCUGAACUAUAUGCUGAUGUGGCUGGCGUUGAUUUGAGGAGUCUCGACAGGGACUACACUGUGCUCUGAAGCAUGCCUCUGUGUACUGGGAAGGAGUGGAUCUCUGACUUUGCCCCUCUUUGGGGAAACAAGGGGCUGACCCCUCUGGAAAUCAGAAUGGAGUGUGUGUUGGGAAAGUUCCUCUAAUUUUUUUUAAUGCAGAAUGUAGUUAGGAGGGUGGGAAAUUCUGAAAUAAACACUAGGAUCCAGAAGGGACUCCCAACUCGGAAUUGAGAAAUAUAUCCUGCACCACUCAAAUGCCUCUCUACAUCAUGAUUGGCUGCACUGAAGGGGACCGACCAAACAGAAACAAUCAUUCUGAGUGGCCUCAAGGUGGUGCUCAGUUAUGAAGUUGUACAGCUUUGAGUGAAUGAAAUCUGUGACAAGGAAGCAUUCCAGUACCACCACAGGGAGAAGGGUGGGGGUGGUUAAAAGACUUGUCACCCAUGACACCCCCACUUUUGCUGCUUUUUCCAGUCAUACAUGUGAAGAGAAGGCUCUGACCUGCAGCAAUAGCAACUAUGUGGAUGGGACUGAAAGUUGUUUUGUCCUGCGUUGAGCAGGAGGUUGGACUAGAUGACCUCCUGAGGUCCCUUCCAAACCUGAUAUUCUAUGAUUCUAUGAAAGCUGUCUACAAGGAUUUACAAGAGGUGGACACCAUGGGUGGCAAGGGAUUGCUUUGGUUCCAAAGCAUGUAAGUGGGAGGAAACUGGAUGAAAAGGAAUGAAGGGAAAUUACAGGUGGAUAUCAAGAACCAUUUCCUAACCGUGAGGAUUUUUGGAAGUCAUCCUACCCGCUCCCCCCACUCCCAUUCCCCUCCAAGGAAGUGCUGGAAGUGCCAUUGCUUGAACCUUUUAAAAGAGAAUAUGCUAUAGGACACAAUCUUGAACUGGCCCUAGAGAUAAGAAAGUGGAUGGAUUAGGUGUUACCAAAUAAGUCUUUUCCAUCUCUAACUCCUCUAUUGACUGAGGGCCCAAUCAGAUGAAGGGUAACAUUACUUGUAAACAUUCCACCCCAUGUAUGGACCUCUCAGGUGCUUUAUGCCAUAACCAACUGCAGAAUAGUGGACCCUGUGUAUUCUGAUAGAAUGAAAUACCCUGAAUGUUAAGGGAUGCAGCAGAAAUAGCUAUAUUAACGUAGGUUUCAGAGUAACAGCCGUGUUAGUCUGUCUUUGCAAAAAGAAAAGGAGUACUUGUGGCACCUUAGAGACUAACCAAUUUAUUUGAGCAUGAGCUUUCGUGAGCUACAGCCACAAGUACUCCUUUUCUUUAUAUUAACGUACCACUUGAUGCAGGAAUGUGUCUUAUUUUGUGGUGAGUGGCAGGGGUGGCUAGUUGUAUGGGCCCGUGGUGCCCAGGCUCCAGCAAAUUCAGGGCCUGGGGUCCCAGCUCCACCAAUGUUCUGGGCCAGGUCUCUCCCUCAGCCCUGCCUGCCACCCCGGCCCUGCCUGUCGCCCCUGCGUGCCUCCCCCGGAGUGUCCCUGCCUGCCCUGGGCAGUGGGCGGCUUUCCCCUGCAGCUCCACACUGCACUUCCUCACCAGCCGCUGCCAGCUACAAGGGAGCAGCACUGGGGGCAGGCUAAGGUGGCUGCUGCACCUGCGGAGGGAGGAGGUGCAUGGCAGCCCCCCCCCCGGCAGGUGACUCUGAGUGGGGAGGGGCUUAUCUUGGCUGGACCUCCUGAGCAAUAGCCUGGGGGGGCUUGGGUGAGUGUCAGGCUGGGGGGAGGAGCCCCUCUCUCCCCCAGAGCUUGCUGCUGCCGACACCAAGAGGGCUGGGGGAGUCCUCCUCUCUGGCCCCCUACCCCGGCCCCAGGGCAGCCUUCCUGCUGCACCCCAAACUCCUCAUCCCUGGCUCAGCCCCACACCCUGGUCCCACACCGAACCCCCCUCCCCCCCGCAUCCUUCCUUCAUCCCAACCCCCUGUCCCAGCCCAGAGCCCACACCCAGCACCCAAACUCCCUACCGGAGCCUGCACCCCUCCUCUACCCAAACUCUGUCCCAGAGCCUGCACCCCAAACCCCCUUCUGCACCCAAACUCCCUCCCAGAGUCUGCCCCCCCAACUCCUCCUGCACCCAACCCCCUGCCCCAGCCCACAGCCUGCACCGAGCACCCAAACUCCCUCCCAGAGCCUUGGGGAGGAGGGGGGGACUUGGACCCAUUCUGGGCACUACCAAAAAUUAUACAAACCUGCCGUCCCUGGUAAGUGAUGGCUGAGGCGUCAAAGGGUUGCUCAAGAGUAAAAGCUCCCAUCCCACCAUCUCAGAGAGAAAUCCUCACUGAGAUCACACUGUCAGGGAAGGCAUCUGAUGAGCCUUUGUUCUGCCCAAGUGAUGCAGAGCAAUUUAUUUUCUUGUACAUUUAUCCUUUCAGUCUCUAGCUCCUGGGGUAAUUGCUUUAGUUUUUUGAGAUGUUAUUUUAUCAUUGUAAAAUACAUCUGGUUACUGUCAUGACACAGCUAAUAUGAAAACAAUAUAGUGAUUACAUGGAUAGGGUAAGAAUAAAAGGUGAUGGUAGAGUAUUGUGAAAAUUACAUGGUGGUGAUAUCUAAUCUGCUGUGUGAAUAGCAGACAUGGCUACUCUGUGACAAAUGUGGCAAUGCCUUAUGUGCUGCGUGAAUAAAUUGAUGACUACAUCGCUAUUUUGUCUUAAUGUUGUGACAGCAUAGGUACUCUGCGAAUAACAAUGAGCUGCUGGAUUUGAAGUCAAGAUUUAGUGGUGACAGAGGCUUUGGAUAUUAUACUUUAUAUGGCACCCUUUGCUCAGGGCAUGUACAAGUGCAUGUCAUUUUACUGUGAAUUUCAGGCCUUGUCUAUACUAGGGUUUUAGUCACUAGUAUAGUUGCAUUGGUGAUCUAUACUGGUUCAGUAUGAUUUACA